AUGGUAAACCUCACCUCUUCACCUUCUGAAUUUCUGCUUCUGGAAUUCUCUCCAGUCCGAGAACUUCAGAUCUUACACUCCGUUGUGUUCCUAGCAUUGUACCUGAUCGCCUUGAUGGGCAACAGUUUGAUCAGCAUUGCAAUCGCCCUUGACUAUCGCCUGCAUACACCAAUGUAUUUCUUCUUAAUGAACUUGGCCAUUUGCGAUAUUGGCACUAUUUCUAUCACUGUACCCAGAUCCAUGCUUAAUUCACUCAUGAACAGCAGACGUAUUUCUUAUUCGGAAUGUGUCGCUCAAGUUUUUUUCUUCUUUUUCUUUGAAGCCUCCGAUUUUGUCCUUUUAACAAUCAUGGCACAUGACCGGCAUGUGGCCAUCUGCAAUCCACUACAGUAUGAAAUAAUUAUGAACAAAAGAUCAUGCAUCCAGAUGGUCAUCACUGUGUGGAUUACUGGUUUACUUUAUGCCAUAUUACACACAUCUGGCACCUUUUCAAUGACUUUCUGCUCCAACAUAGUUGAACAAUUUUACUGUGAAAUCCCCAAACUAAUGAAACUCUCUUGUGAUAGCUUGUAUUUUGUUGAAAUGGGACUUCUCGUGCUUUCUACUAGUGCAGCGUUUGGAUGCUUUAUCUUCAUUAUUGCAACUUAUGUGUGGAUUUUCAGUGCAGUCCAUAGAAUUCCUUCUGAACAGGGGCAACAAAAAGCCCUCUCCACUUGCCUCCCCCACCUCACGGUUGUCUCUAUACUUAUGUUCACUGGUGUCUUUGUCUAUGUAAGACCUCCCAGUAAUAUUUCAUCUGAGCCGGAUGUAAUCUUUGCUGUUAUAUAUACUAUACUACCCUCUAUGUUGAAUCCGUUCAUCUAUAGCAUGAGAAACAAAGAGAUCCAGGCUGCAUUGUGUAAGUUAAUGAAUCUUAAGCACUUUUCUAGCACUACUCCCAGGUUUGUUCUGAAAUUGUUGGGAUUGUAG